UUUCUGCCGGAACUUCACAGUGUGACACCUGGCGGAUUUAAACAAAGAAGCAUGAGCAGAGUUAGCUUUACUGCUGUGUGGACUGAGCUAUAAAACGGCUGUAUUAUAGUAUCAUUGAGAAAUAUUAGAGCAUUAAAGUAACGAUGUGUUCAGUUGAGCAUCUGAGAGAGUUGAUCAGGGACAGACUAACUGCUGCUGCUGGAGAAAUAUUCACAGAGUUUGAAAAAACCAUCGUCCAGUACCAGGAGGAGAUCGAUCGUCAGCGCACACUGCUGGAUGUCAUCUGGAAACCACACAUCCCCUUACAAUCCAUAGAGCUCCCACAGUCUUAUGUCUGUGAGAAUGAGAAGACUCUCGUUGACCAUCAGCCCCAUGACCAGGAGAGAAACUCCACGGUGGACCAUGAGGACCCAGAACCUCCACUGAUUAAUGACCAGCAGGAGGAACUCUGCACCAGUCUGGAGCAAUCAAACCCAGAGAUUUCUCAAAUUAAAAAGGAACAGGAAGAAUUCUGCACUAUUCAGAACAAGUCAAAUCCAGAGCGUCCUCAAAUUAAAAAGGAACAGGAUGAACUCUGCUCCAGUCAGGAGGAAGAGCUACUUGGAUUGAAACAGGAGACUGAUACCUUUGUCGUGACUUCUGCUUCUGAGGAAAGUGAUCACACUAAACCAAAACCAAACAAUGAUCAGCUCCUGUUUCACAUCUCUUGUGAAGCUGAGAACCCAGAUCAGGAAGGAAGCAAGGAUGUAGACUCAGGAUCAACUAGAUGUAUCAAGCUGAAGCCAAGACAUCACAGUAUCAGCAGUCAAAGUAAUGAUGUAGACAAUGUUCCAGUGUCAGAGAGACAGUGUGAUAAUGACAAGGCAACAAAAUCUCUAACAUGUGAGAUUUGUGGAAAAGCUUUUAGGUAUAAGUCAGAGUUAAUCAGACAUCACAGAACCCACACAGGUGAGAAGCCGUAUUCUUGUGGUACAUGUGGAAAAAGCUUCAGUCAACGGUGCACUUUUACUGCUCACAUGAGAUGUCACACAGGUGAGAAGCCGUAUGUUUGUAACACCUGUGGAAAAAGAUUUUCUGGUUCAUCAGCACAUAACAGGCACAUGACAGUUCACAAAAUGGGAAAGUCGUAUUCUUGUGGAACCUGUGGAAAAAGUUUCAUUCAGCGUUCCCAUUUGACUGCCCACAUGAGAAUCCACACAGGUGAGAAGUCGUGAUCCUGAAACAUCUGUGGAAAACUUCACGUCAGAACUAAGCUUGAAACAACAUGUAAGAAUUGAUACAGGUUAAAAGUAGAUCCCUGAAAUUUAAAGCACCUUUAGACUGUGCUUCAACAACAGUUGUGAGGAAUUAUGUAAGCAGUCCUUGAUGAUUAGACCAGAUGGAGUCUGGACUGUGGUGGUGGUGGAGCAGUCAGAAGAACCAAACUGAAUAUCUGGAUGGAUAUGGUAUUAGUACAGACUGCUACAUUUCUGAUAUCAUGACAUCUUUCAUCAGCAGAGCAGUGAUUUGAGAUAUUAUGAAGCUGUUUGGAACAUUUUCACAUCCUGCUGAGAGAACAUGGCUGUUCAGGUGUGAACAUACUGCUGGAAUCUACACAGCUUGAGUUCUGUUGUCUUUCAAGUAAAAUGAGGCAGCAAGAUACUGAGACAUUCUGACAGUAAGACACAACAGAGUGUUGCUGCAGUAGAGGAAAUGUGCACGUGAAACAAAGUUGUAAUAAAAUAUGCAGCUCCAUGAUUGCUUCAUGAAAUGUUUUGAAUGUAUUUAAAGAGAUGAACUUUUACACAUUUAAUGAUGAGUGUAACAUUGAAGAGCCCCAGCAAGAAUAUCUCUGAAUCAGAUAUCAAAGACAUAACCAACAUUAUUAUGUUUUGAAGCAACACACACGUGGUUUUACUAGUAGUAGCUGAUACACCCCUGCAAAUGUUAACACCAGAAAUGUUAAAAACAGGUGAAGCUGUAUUGCAGUUUGUGCUGUUUUGAUAAAGAUCUUGUGCUAUUUGUCUUCUUAUAUCACCACAUAGGUCAUCUGUUUGAUUUAGUAGGAUGUCAUUGUGUCGUCAUUCAGCAAAUUUAAAACAACAGCAAAUGAGUCAAAGUAUUUUCCAGUAGAGAAUUAAGUAUUGUUGGAAAGUCUUCCAUGUUUCUUUAUUGUGAAACUAUUUUGGUUAUGACGUCACUUCCUUUCCAAGUCUCCUCUGUACUGAGCGCGCAUAAUACCGAAUGGAUGCACCUCGUGUGCGUGCAUAAACUGAAACCGCACACACACCCGUAUACUCCUUCAACCUAUUCAUACUGCAUCCAUCCCGUCCUGUCCAACUUCAUAUUAAAGUUCUUGGAAAUAC